UCGUUAUUGCUCUUGGCGAAGUUAGUUAGGUUAUAAUCAAGAUCUGGUAACAAUUCGGUUACGUGCGAAUCCCGUUUGAUCCUGCUAAUGGUUGACUAUUCGUCGAUAUACGGGGAGUUUGCUAGGGUGGAUCCCGGCUCACGUAAAUGAUACACGAGCGGCAAAGAGGCUUCCCUGAACUGUGCCAUCUUCCUCUUACUCAUUGUUACCAACGACAUGGCAUUAUCCGGGGAUGUGGUUCGAUGUCACGAUGUGUACCUGGCAAUUUAGAAUGACUUUGGCAUCCUACGGCACAGCCGGCGGCACGUGCAAAUACAAGAGAGAAUGUCUCAACCUAAGUAUUUAAAAGAGCUACGGAUAGCCCUAAAACUUGUUCAUUCGAAUGCUCAUUGCGACAAGUUGAACAAGUUGUCGUGGUUCUUUUCGAGAAAUCAUGUUUAAGAAGAUCUUCUUCCUCUCUACAUUCGCCCUUGGGGCAACGGCGUUGAAUGAAACCAUCAACGGCUAUAAGUACUUCUUAUCCGGUCCUAAUGUGGAUCUAUCAAAGAGUCAAUAUGAACACGACGCUGCGAAUACUGCCUUUACUUUGCUCAAGAAGCGACUAGGCUCCGAGCCACUUCCCGACCUCCCAUCAGACAACGUGGAGGCGGUGCUCAAGCUUAAACAGACCCUUGGCACCGAGAAGCUGAAGAAAAUGUUGGAGCCAGAUAUGGACGAGGCCGACGAAUUCUGGAACUCGGCAAUUGACAAGUCUCACAACAAUUCGUGGGUAUCAGCGGAUGCGCGGGGUGUUGCUUUCCUGCCCAAUGUGACGUAUCUUCAAUUUGCUCAAUGGUAUGCGUCUGCGAAUGCCGAUGCGGCCAACUUAGCGGCCGAGCCCGAGCACUACGCAAAAGAUACCGUCGCGAAUGGAAGCGAGCUUUCUUCGAAGAUUCUUGAGGGAUGGGGUGGCGUGACCACCAACUUCACCAUCCCCAACUUUGGCGCGCCAGACCGUAACAAGGACCCUUUCCUACGGCCUCUACCAGAGUUUCCUAUCCAACAAGCCGGCGACAAGAACUUACGCGAUGGAACGAGGUUUGGUGUGUUGCAUAUCUCUGUUCGGCCGGUUAGCGGAAAGGACUAUGGCCAAUCGUUCGAUGGUUUCGAGGUGUACUCUACUGUUUGGUACCAGGAUGGCGUUAGCGAUGAUCAUUUAGAUCAAGAGCGGAGACAUAUGGUGGUUGAGAUUGUUAACCUAACCUUGCAAUCUCAAGAAGAUAUCGCGAGUGGUAAACUUGCGGUAUAAGUAAGAUAAAUGAGAGGGGGGCAUGGCAUUUAGAAAAUAGGGAAAACAAAGCUAUCGUGAAUCUCAGCUUUUAGAAGACCGUAUGAAAAAAUGGCGAUAGGGUACAUAAGAUACGUGAUUUCAGGAUGAAGAUGGUAUCUGUAGAAAUCGGGAAUGAAGUAACCUUGGAAGGUUAAUGAGUAUAAAAUUAAACAUAAGAAAAGGG